AUGCCUCCCCCAAUUGGGCCGUCCCCAACCCCGCUUAAACGGCAAGUAAACCUACCAGAAAUAUCGGAUAGCUGUUAUGACGGGCCUGAGACGUGCGUGAGCACCCUCCCUGAAGGUUACAAGAAAAGCCAUGACAGAGCACCAUUUCGUAUCGCCACCACCUUCGAAAAGGACGCAAAAGUAUGCCUGCGAGACGGUUCCCAGGUGAGGGCAGAUAUUUUUCGUCCAGCUUGCAGUGUGGAACCAGUCCCUGCACUAAUUGCUUGGAGUCCAUAUGGUAAAAGCGGGAGAGGACAUUUCCGUUUGGAUAUAGUUCCAGGCCGUGUAGGUGUCCCGCAAAAUAGACUAUCAGGAUUCGAGAAAUUUGAGGCUCCCGACCCGGCCGAGUGGACAGCACGAGGGUACGCAAUUGUGAAUGUGGAUCCAAGAGGGGUAUAUGAUUCCGACGGUGAUAUCAAUUGGUUUGGGACUGUUGAUGGCCGAGACGGCUACGACGUUGUCGAGCGAAUUGCUGAAUUGCCAUGGUGCAACGGCAGUAUUGCGCUUGUCGGAAACUCGUGGCUUGCUAUGGCACAGUGGUUCAUUGCCGCUGAGUGUCCGCCUCACUUGAAAUGCAUUGCGCCGUUGGAGGGGGCCAGCGACGUCUACCGUGAGCUGCUAUGCCGAGGCGGCGUCCCUCAGACAGCCUUCUGGGAAUUUUUAGCAGAUGGAUUUAUAGGUCGUAAUCAGCAGGAAGAUGUUAUAGCCAUGCUCAACCAUUAUCCUCAGAUGAAUGAGUAUUGGGAAGACAAAAGAGCACAAGUUGGACGGAUUAAAGUACCUGUCUACGUCUUGGCGAGUUAUUCCACAUUCCUACACACGAUGGGUUCUUUCAGAGGGUUCGAGGAAAUACAACACGACAAAAAAUGGCUUCGAGUCCACUCUACCCAAGAAUGGCAUGACCUAUAUCAACCGAGUACAAAUGAUGAGCUGCAGCUAUUCUUUGAUAGAUACACGAAGGGAAUUGAGAAUGGCUGGGAGGAAACACCAAGGGUUAGAAUCUCUCUUCUACAGUUCAACAAGGAUCCGAUUAUUAAUGUCCCGUUUGAAGACUGGCCGGUACCGUCAACUGAAUAUAAGAAGCUUUUUCUCAAUGAGAAUGGCUCAUUAUCGCCGGUCGUACCGCACCAGGAAGCCAGCAGCAGCAUCUCAUACCGGUCUGACGUUACAAGUCUUCAAGUAGGAUCGGAUAUUGAGGAACUGUGCUUUCAAUACACAUUUACAAAGAAGACCUAUGUCGUAGGAUGUGCCAGGGCAGUGCUUUAUAUGUCCUGUCCAGACCAUGACGACAUGGAUGUGUUUGUGCAGCUGCGAAAAGCGGACAAAGCGGGUCGUCUCCUGGAAAAUAUCAAUAUCCCCCUUGAAGAUUUACAAGUCACCGCUGCCCACGUCGAAAAGGUUAAUCCGCUUAUAUACCUGGGACCAAGCGGAGUAUUACGUGCUAGCUACUGCGACAUAGAUUCGAAGCUGUCAAAACCACACUGGCCUGAGCACUAUUACGGCCAUAGGACCCCGGUACCACGCGGUAAGAUCGUGAAGAUGGAUAUUGGAAUCUGGCAGACUGGUAUUGCUUUCGAUGCGGGAGAGAAGAUAUUUCUGAAGGUGUCAGGUCACAAUAUGACACUUGCGGAAUUUCCUCAAUUGCGGGGUGCACUCCCUACCUACAACGUGGGAAGGCAUCACAUCCAUUUGGGAGGAGCGAACCAGAGUCAUUUGUUGCUACCACUCGUGGAUGUUCCGAAUGAGGUUAACAUUAGCUGUGUCUAACAGAUGUAUUGAACCAGUGAACAUCAUGAAGGUAUAAACAGGUUUAUUUUUAAAGUAAAUGAUCACAAAGAGCGUCCAUCAUCUCUGUUGUCCAG